AUGGCAUUCACUGUAAUGAUGCUUCAUUAUGAGAAUAUCCACAUUCCUCUCAUGAAGUCACUCGCUGGCGAUAUAUUUCCUCUGGCUCAUACACGACAGUACAUCCAGAGAGCUGGCAGUGCCGACGGCUAUCCUGCAACGGUUCUCACGGGAGGCCAAUCCGACUUCAGCUUCGAUUGCGUGAGCACGCUUUCCUUCGAAGACCAAGCGGGGUUUGAGAAGAUGUCCGCAUUGUUAUCCGAACCAGAAAACGCCCCAAUAGUCGGCAAAGACUGCGGCACGUUUAUGGACGCUGCCAGGACGAAGACUGUUAUCAUUGGGGAAACUACCAAGGCCACGAGGGAUUAG